GCCAAGCGACUCCCAUCGUGAGGGCAACCGCCCAUGGACGACUUCGUUGUGCCCGUCUUCGGCGAACGAUCGCUCUUCGAGUUCAUCGCGUGCUUGCUUCCCUCGCAAGCGGACAUGGCGAGGCUGACGCUCGCGCUCCGGAGCGGCUGCCCACUCGCACAGGACGAGUUGGCAGCGCUCAUGAGCCGGCACUCGAUGCAGCCGCUGACGGGGAGCCAGCGGCAGAUCGUCACCGACCCCGAGCUUGGCUGCAACAAGGAUUGCUGGCGCACGGAGCCGACUGGCUUCAAGUUCGACCACGAGCCGACCAUCAACUACCUCUACCCGCUCCGCCGCCGAGAGUUCAUGGCCGAGUCGAGGCAGCGCUACCAGGACGCGGUGGCGCGGGCGCUCGCACUCCGCAUCCCCGGGCUCGACGCCGUGCCGCCCUUCCUCUCGCGGAUCGUGCCGCUGGGCUGCGCCAUGCACCACUGCAAGAAAUUCGGCCAGGAGUGCCACGUGUACUCCAUCGAGUCGGCCGAUGGCCCCGUCAUCUUCACCUUCACGUACGAGAUCCAGUCGACGAUGGGCAAGGCGUGCUGCACGCACGACUGCAUCUGCGACAUGAAUUGGACGGCAAACCUUGCCGUCCUCCUCCCCGGCGCCACCGAGGCGGCGACCAUCUUCGGCGUCAGCUGGCGCAUCCUCUCGGGCGACUGCCUCCUCCGCCCGCCGACUUCGCUCUGCGAGGAGACGGCACGCGUGUGUGGCAUCGACGCCUCGAUGGUGGGGGCGCUCGUGGCCGUGCUGGCCGAGAUGUCGGGCUGGGGAGAGUCCGUGUACGACUUCUGCAAGGAGAUCUGCGAGGAGUUCCCGGUGCCGGAGAGGGUCGAGGGACAGAGCUACAACCCGAUGUAUGACGAGAAGUACACGCCCCGCGCGCUCUUCGAGGGCAUGCACAACGCGUGGACGCACUACCUCAACUCUCUCGUCCGGCUGCAGCGCAUCUCCGACUUCAAGCGGCUCAACGCGAUCGGCAAGGCCGAGUUCCACAUGCGCCAUCCGCCGCCAGAGCCGGUGCGGCGAGAGCGCGGCAACGGCGACGUCUAUUACGACUACCAUAUGCCGUAUCACGUCUCCAUCAACGGGCACGACUCGUUCACGGACACGCGCAGCUACGAGACGUUUGUGGGGCACAACAAGGACUGGGGCGUGACGGCCGACGACCUCGUCGCGCUCACCCGCUCCUUCGGCUCGUCCGACUUCCUCGACCCGGAGCUCCCGUCCGACUUCCGCAGCACCGACCGAGCGGAGGACAGAGUCGAGGUCUGCGCCAAGUGCCCCGAGGACUUCCUCGACAAGCAGUACGAGCUCAAUCUCAACCACUUCGUCGAGCCCUGCAACAGCCGGUACUUCAAGACGUACCCGGAGGACUGCUCCGACGGCACGUGCGAGUGCCACCCCUCCAUCCGGCACGACGUGGAGGAGCUGCUGCUCGCGUCCGACCGCAGCAGCCUCGCGGCGCUCGCCGUCGACCUCGACGGCUUUGGCGCCCGCCUCUCGUACGACGACCUGCUCGACGGCGCCGGCGACUCGAAGAGCAUCACGCGCUGCAACGUGCGCGACAACGACGAGGAGUGGCAGCGGCGGGCGAAGGUCCGCGAGGCGGAGGAGGCGGCGGCGCGGGAGGAGCGGCUGAACCGCCCGCCGACCCCGCCGACCCCCGAAGAGGCGGCCCGGCGGGCCGAGCGGCAGCGAGAGCGUGAAAGACAGGAGCGCGAGGUCCCCGGGUGGAAGAUGGAAUGGCUCCAUCGCGAGUUUGGGCAGAAGGGGCCACCGAUCCACCUCAAGGCGGUCACGCAGGACGGGAGCGAGACCCACUUCAAGGCGUGCUAUAGAAUGAGCAUGACACACGAGCUGUCGAGGCUGAUGGCGGCCUUCUGCAAGAGCCGCGGGGUCCGCCUCUCCGCGGCACGCUUCUUCCACAAGGGCGAGAUGCUCGACGGGCGCCGCAUGCCCUGCCAGUGGGACGGCAGCGGCUGCAUGAAGGACGGCGACGAGAUCGCGGUGAUCGUGCUGGAGGAUACGGCAGCCGCUGGCGACGGCGAGCAGUGAUGCCGUUGCUUCCCCCCUUGCUUUCCCCAUGAGUGUGUUCGCUCUUUCCUGCCGGGCGCUCCCCAAUAGCCGAGAGACCCAGCAGAAGUAGUAACGGAGUACGUAGAGCUGCUUGUCUUUUGAUACCCCUGGUACUGUAGUUGGUGUGAGUUGGUGAAAAUGGCC